GAACUCCUCUCUGGCCAAUGACCAAGUGACUCCACCUUCUUGAGAAAUCUGCUGCUUAUAUGAGCAAUCGCUUCUCCAGAGAAUACUCACUCGAUCUACUUCUGUCUGCUGAGAUAGAGAAGACCCUCCGUGCAUCUUGACUCACACAGAGUUCAGACAUGCCUUCAGUGGGACUGGAGAUUCUUGGGGUGACUCUGGCUGUCCUGGGAUGGAUCUCAGCCAUUGUAUCCUGUGCCUUGCCCAUGUGGCGAGUGUCAGCUUUCAUUGGGGUGAACAUCGUCACAGCGCAGACCACCUGGGAAGGCAUCUGGAUGAACUGCGUGGUCCAGAGCACAGGUCAGAUGCAGUGUAAAAUCCAUGACUCCAUGUUGGCGCUGAGCGCAGAUCUUCAGGCUGCCCGCGCCCUCACUGUCAUCUCCAUCGUGUUGGGCAUCAUGGGACUCCUGGUGGCCAUAGUGGGGGCAAAAUGCACAAACUGUUUGUCUGAAGACUCAGCUAAGGUUCGGGUGAUGAUAGGCGCUGGGGUGUCCUUCAUCCUGGCAUCUCUGACCCAGCUGAUCCCUGUGUCGUGGUCUGCCCAUACUAUCAUCAUGGAGUUCUACAAUCCAUUGACACCUGAGGCACAGAAGAGGGAGAUAGGUGCAGCUCUGUACCUGGGCUGGGCUGCAGCUUCAUUUCUGCUCAUUGGAGGGGGCAUCCUCUGCUCCAGUUGCCCCCCACAACCUGAGAAAAGGUACGGGCCUCCAUCGAAGAUGGUGUACUCCCAAACUAGGUCGCUUGCCCCAAGUGGUUAUGAUAGGAGAGACUAUGUCUGAGCUCACACCUGCUCUUUUCUCACGGCUUCGCCAUCAUGGAAAAGACUGCUCAGAGAAAACCAGAGGGGACAGUCAUUUUUUGAUAACUUAUACACAUCUGUCUUCAUGUUGACAUGGAGAAAACUUAGAUAUUCUUUCCUCCAUAUAAUGCAUACCUGUUUAAACAAAGCCUCCAUCAAACUUGUUUUCCUUUCUUAAAUGUUUUGUGUAAAACUUGGAGGCUGUUGGAAGCACUGAGGCUAACAACUAUAUAUGUUAGUGAUGUGGUGUGCCCUGUAUUUUACAUUUUAUGAAAAUAAUUGCAUUAUUUGUGAAACAAAAAUUUAAAGAAUACGUGAAUCAGCUAUUGUUUGUUGUUGUUGUUGUUGUUGUUUUUUUUUUUACAGUACUAACUAUGGUCAUGUUUUAUAAAGAACUUUAAGUUUUGAUUAAGAAAGUUCAAGGAAUCCUGUUAUAAAGUUACAUAAUGCAGAUUUUUGUUAUAAAUACAUUUUGUAAAUCAGUUUAUUAGAAAUGUUUUGAUGUCUGUCAUGUUACUUUUAUAAAUUAAAGGCCUUGUUUUUUUUUAAGCCUUGCCUUAGCCUUGAUAGGCUUCUUUGCCUGGGCCCUCCCUCUCAGAGUCUAGGAUCGCCACUGCUGAGAGGCUUAAAUAUUUGGUAUGUAAAAGAUUGAGGGUAAUCUUAAAAUACACCCACGAAUAACUUUUUUCAGGUGUAUUUUUUGUCAUGUUUUUUGUUGUUGUUUUUUUAGCAAAAACAUGUUUUUCAUGCCCUAAAUUCUAUUGUGACCUUGUAAGUGGUCUGAGCCUGACCACCUACAGACCACCAACACAUGACCAAAAACCUGCUCCAUUACACAGUGCAUAUGUGUCCACUGCAUAUAUUUCAGCAGGCCUUCAGGUUAUUGUAGGUCAUACAUUAGCUAACAAAACUCCUACUCACAGGAAAAUUGGAGUGGCACAUUUAAAAUAGAUGUAGUGAAAUGUUUGAUCUUUAUAUCAACAGGUGUAAAGAAAAUGUCUGAUUCCAUACAGCCUCCAUACUCAGCCAUUAGUCUGACGACUGGAAGUCUCUAUCACAGCUUCUACCCACCUGGCUGUCUCCCACAUGUCUGUUGGCUCUAUGAUAACAAGAACUGCUACUUUGUCAGCUUCCCUACUCGACAGUCUGAACUGCCCUCCCAAACAAUGGACCUGUUUCAUGUCACGGGGGGGAGACUG